AUGGGACCUAAAUAUGGCAUUCCUUUUAAGAAUAAUCGCAUUCCAACCAACAAACUCAUAUCGGAUUUCGAAUCUAAGAUCUCUUGCAUUCCUUCUAAUUCUCGCAAUACGGCUCGGCAAGAUUUCACCAAUACAGUUAAAAAGUUCAUUAACACUCCUGCUCCCCUUGACGCAGAUAAGAAUGCCCUUCACAAAAAAAUCAAAGAAACCAAGAUCUUCCAAAACAACAAUAAGGACUUGCUUUUCUUGAAAGCGGAUAAGGGAAACAAGACUGUGGUUAUGAACAAACUAAUGUACGAGGCCAAAAUGUUGCAACAACUAUCUAACAAUAAUUCUUAUAAAGUCGUUAGAUAUGAUCUCACUUCUACUCUGCAACAAGAAGUAAAAAAACUAACAACCGAUUGGGUCAAUAGCAAAUUUAUCUCCAAUCAACUAAGACGUCAAAUUGCUAAAACGGACUGCCUACCACCUAGAGCUUAUGGACUACCGAAAAUCCAUAAACCUGACACACCGGUACGAAUCAUUGUGUCCUUCACUGAUAGUCCGACGAUCAAUUUGGCUCGUUUUCUUAGUAAAUGGAUAGGUAAUAACAUCAUACCACCUUUGUCACGGAUAAGAGAUAGUUUUGCGUUGGUGAAUGCUAUUAGGGAUCUUCGUCUUCCAGCUGAUUAUAUUUUAGUUUCACUGGAUGUUAUAUCCUUAUUCACUAAUGUACCACAAGAUCUGGCAAUCAACGCCAUCAAACAGCGUUGGCAUCAGCUGGUGGACAAAAUUCCGGUCCCACGUAAUGAACUCUUAAAGGCAUUACAAAUAUGUUUUAAGGCUGCCAUAUUUAAAUUUAACCAUCACAUAUAUGCCCAAACGUUUGGCUUACCUAUGGGCUCACCGCUCUCUCCAAUUUUGUCUGAUUUGGUUUUGGAUGACCUUGAACAACACUGUCUUAAUAAACUUGACUUCAAGCCUGCAUUCUUUUUCAGAUACGUAGACGACAUAAUUACAGCUGUCCCUUCGCAUAAAGUCGCCGAUAUGCUUUCAGUUUUUAAUAGUUUCCAUCCGAGACUACAAUUUACAUCCGAAUUAGAGUCUAAUCGCCAAAUCAGCUUUUUAGAUGUACUGAUUAUCAAUGAUAAUCAGCUCAUUAAAACUGAUUGGUUCCACAAGGCUACUUGGUCACAAAGGUACUAUGUAAGAAUGGACUAUCCUUCUCGCCUGCUUAACAAACAUAUAAAGUUCAAAUAUGAUUCCAUCUUGGCAUCUACCAGCCCCAACAACAAUCUCGAUGCAACUACUACACAGACCAUUCAAAAAAACUAUAUUUCCAUCCCUUAUGUAGCGGAACUGAUCAUGAGGUUCAAAGAGUACAUACAAAUAGAUAAGUGA